UCUUUGGUUCCUCCUCGCUGUACUGAAGAGGUGUCACUGUUGGGGACUGACGGGGCAGAGCUGCGACAGCUCAUGCGUGGGAAGCACUGGACCACGUUAACCCUUUCAGAUGUUGAAGAAAAAACUGGUAAGGGCCUAACUGAAGUCCUGCAGAAACACAGCCUUAGUCUUUCUGACUGCCGUGGUCAGUCUUAUGACAAUGGCAGCAAUAUGAUGGGCCAUAAACAGGGUGUUCAGGCAAGAAUUUUGCAAUUGAACAGCAAAGCAUUUUGCAUUCCAUGCAGCAGUCAUACACUUAACCUGGUUGUGGCAGAUGCUACCAAGUCCUCAGUGCUGUCCAUCGCCUUCUUUGGUGUGUUAAAAAGACUCUAUAACUUAUUCAGUUCCUCUGUGCAACACUGGGCAGUUCUAAAGGAACAUGUAAAGCAGCUCACUUUAAAACUUUUGUCAACAUCAAGAUGUGAAGCUGGAAUUGACUCGAAUCUGGAUAUGGAAAUGACCCUUUCUGAGAAAAGGCAGCAUAAAAAGAAAAGACAGUCUCUAUAUGAAGGUACAGAGGACACUCAGUCUACUCCAGAUGAGACUUUCAGAAGAGAUUUCUUUCUGCCCAUGGUUGACACAGCCCUCAGAAGCCUAAGUGACAGGUUUUCAAGAUUGAAGGGUGUUUAUGACCUUUAUGACUUUCUGUUCUCAAAGGACAACAUGAAGGAGACAAUAAACAAUGGAAAGCUUCAUGAACGAUGCAAAAAAUUGGAACAAACCCUCCAUGACAUUGAUGCUGAUGACUUGGCCCUUGAGAUCAAUUUCUCUCUCUACACUUUUCCAGACCAUACAACCACUUCCCCAUUCGACAUGCUUAAUUACAUAUACAGUGAGAAGCUACUGGAUUUGUACAGUAAAUAACAAAAAACAAAAGAUAAAAAUAAAAUCAUAAGCUUUAUUAUACAAACAUGAUUAAAAAAAAAAACAUAUAAAUGAAGAUCAGUGACAGCCAGAAAAAACGUGCAGUGAUCAAAUCACAUGUAUUGUCUUGAAAGGUAGUGCCAAAACCAGUUGUGUAUGAACCACAGAGAUCACAGAAAAGGUAUGUAUAUUUAUUGCGGCAACAUGCUUACAUGAAUAAAUCAGGCCAGCCCUUAGAGUACAACACAAGAGAGGAGACAGCGUGGUGAACCAGUGUGCUCUGUAUUGUGGGGCUACAAUGAUCAGAGAAUAGAGGGUGUAAAUGCAGGACCAGAAAUAAUAAUGAAAACAAUGGCCCAGGUACCCCAAAAUAAUGUUCUCUUAAAAAUGAAACCCAACCCCAGGAAAAAAAAAAGGGGAGGGGAGAAGCCACCACAGCACCUACAGGGUCACCACAUUAUACUCACCAGAUAUGAUCACACACAGCCCCACACACAAGAGAAUACAUGUGAUCACUGUACAUUUCUUCUGGCUGUCACUGAUCCUCAUUUUAUGUUUUUUUUAUCAUGUUUGUAUAAUAAAGCUUAUCUUUAUACCUUAUCUUUUUAUCUUCUUUGUUUGGUGCUAGUUAUUUGUAGGAUUCAUUUUUAAUGUGGUAUGCACCAAAUGCAUAUACUUUUUCUAAUUGAAAAAACACUUUGGUCGUACAUUUUGGAUUUGUACAGUAAUUUAAGCAUUGCUUUGCAUCUACUCCUGACUCUCCCUGUGUCAGUGGCCUCUGGUGAGAGGAGCUUUGAAGCUGAUAAAAAAAAAUUACAUGAGGUCCACCAUGGGCCAAGAAAGGCUCACAGGACUGGCACUUACAUCAAUUGAGAGUGAUGUUCGCCAGUCUUUGGACAUGGAGGACAUUGUGAUUGCCUUUGCAGAAAAUAAGGUUCGCAAACAGCAGUUUUAGAUAAUUUGCACGUUUGUAAGAACUGAAAAAUGUUAAUGUGAGUGUGUGUGUUUUAAGUAUUUUGGAUUUAGUUAUUGUGCACUUUUUAAGAUAUAUUGGAUUGUACGGUACAGUGGUUUUUUUUGCAAAUGUUCAAUUGUUGAAAAUGUUCAA